CAAAGCAUACACAAGGGUUCAGAGUGUUUAAAGUCCUGAAUGCGAUUGAGCAGACGGUGCACCAUGUAUGCAGGGUGGAUAUUUUGUGUGUUUGUGUGCGUAUGUUUUACUUCAGGGUCUUUUGAGACGCUGGUCAUCACAAAGGGCACUGAGCAAUGGGACAGCGAAACCAGCAUGACCAGGCUCUUAAAGAAACGAAGUGUGAGCAGUGCUGAGAUAGAGAUACAGAGCGUGAAGGUGGACUGUAAGGUGACAUCACGUUUCGCCCACACUGUCAUGACCACGAAAGCUCUCAAUAAGGCCAACAUCUCAAAGGAAGUGUCUUUUGAGGUGGAGUUACCAAAGACCUCCUUCAUCACCAACUUCAGCAUGGAGAUUGAUGGCAAGACAUAUACAGGUGUGGUGAAGGAAAAAGAGAAGGCCAAGCAGCAGUAUGAGAAGGCUGUGUCAUCUGGUCAGACUGCUGGUUUAGUCAAGGCUUCAGGUAGAAAAACUGAGAAGUUUUCUGUUUCGGUGAACAUCGCAGCAGACAGCAGUGUCAUAUUUAUUCUCACCCAUGAGGAACUUCUUCAGCGAAAGUUUGGCAAAUAUGAGCUCAUGAUCAGAGUCAAACCCAAACAGCUGGUCCAGCACUUUGAGAUUGUGGCAGAUAUCUAUGAGCCUCAGGGAAUUGCAUUUGUGGACGCCUAUGGUACAUUCAUGACCAACGAGCUGCUCCCUCUAGUGGAGAAAACUGUAACUGAUAAGAAGGCCCAUGUGUCUUUCUCUCCAACACUGGAUCAACAGAGGAAAUGCUCAGAGUGCGACGGCACACUCAUUGAUGGAGAUUUCUUCAUUAAGUAUGAUGUCAACCGUCCUCAUGACAUUGGUGACAUUCAGAUUGUGAAUGGAUACUUUGUGCAUUUUUUUGCACCAGCCAGUCUUCCAAGAGUACCAAAGAUGGUUGUUUUUGUGAUAGACAACAGCGGCUCUAUGGUGGGAAAUAAAAUGAGACAGACCAAAGAGGCCCUAGUGACCAUUCUGGGUGAACUCCCAGAGGACGACUACUUUGCGAUCAUCGUCUUUUCAUCCACUUUCGUUGUAUGGCGGCCACAUUUAAGUAAAGCAACAAAGGAAAAUGUGCAUGCAGCCCAGGAAUACGUCAAAACAAUUGAAGUUAUUGGUAGUACAGAAUUGCAUGAUGCUGUCAUUCAUGGUGUGGAGAUGCUGUAUGAAGAACAGCGUAACGGGACAGCCCCAAAGAAUAUGGUACUGAUGAUCAUUUUGCUGACUGAUGGGGCACCAAACACGUGGCCAAGAGGUCUUCCUGAGAUCCAAGAGAGCAUUCGUAAUACAAUUAAUGGGACUAUCACCCUGUUCAGUUUGGCCUUCGGUAACGAUGCAGACUAUGGAUUUUUGGAUACUUUGAGCAAGCAGAACAACGGCAUAGUUCGCAGGAUUUACGAGGACUCAGAUGCUCCGCUUCAGCUAAAGGGAUUUUAUGAAGAAGUGUCAAGUCCUCUACUUUCAGAGGUGAAUUUUCACUAUCCGGACAACACUGUCAACUCAUUGACAAGAAGCCAUUUUAAACAGCUAUUCAACGGCUCAGAGAUCAUGGUCGCUGGCCGACUUAACGACUUAAAUGACAUUAACGACUUUGCAAUUGAAGUGUCCGCACAAGGGUUUGAAAAUAAUUUUGAGUUGAAAGGUCAGGCGAAUGCUCAGAAGUGGGAUACCAUAUUUCCUGAUGAAGAGUAUAUCUUUGGGGACUUCACUGAGCGUCUCUGGGCGUAUCUGACCAUCCAGGGGCUUCUGGAUAAGAAAGACAAAGGUACACCAGAGGAGAAAGGAAAUGCCACUGCUGAUGCUUUGAGCCUUUCAUUAAAGUACAACUUUGUUACACCGCUUACCUCCAUGGUCGUCACUAAACCUGUAGAUGUGGCCAAAAACGACACGUUCAUUGCAGACAAGCUGACUGAAGAGGAACGAGGAAAAGCUGGAAGAUAUGGUUACUCAGCAAUACCGGCCAGCUACUCCCAUAAGAGCUAUGCACCUACAUAUUAUGUUGAUGGAGAUCCACACUUCAUUAUUGAGCUGCCAGACCAGAAUGAUGCUCUGUGCUUCAACAUUGAUGACAAACCUGGAACCAUCUUCAACCUGGUUAGAGACCCACUUACAGGUAUUGUGGUCAAUGGCCAAACCAUUGGCGAUAAGAAGGUCAUCCCUGGGGAAAAAGUAAACACCUAUUUUGGGCGCUUUGGAAUCGUUCACGAGAAGUUUGGUAUCAGAUUGAUGGUGAGCACAAAAGAGAUCUCAGUAUCUGAUGAGGGAAAACAAGCAAAAUUCUUCUGGACUGAUACUGCCACGGUUAAAGGGCCCAACAUGGAUCUGCAGGUGAUCAAAGAUCGCAGUUUAACAGUGACUUUGAGGAACUCAGUCAAGUUUCUUAUUAUCCUGCACAAAGUCUGGCAGAAGCACCCGUAUCAUCAAGACUACCUCGGGUUCUACACUGUGGACAGUCACCUCUUUUCAAGCAAUGUCCACGGCCUGCUUGGUCAGUUCUACCAUGGAUUGGAGUUUGAAGUGGGUGAACCGUUUCCAGGAAAGGAUCCAAACAAACCAGAUGCCAUCAUGUUUGUGAAGGGACGAGAGCUUGUAGUUACCAGGGGUUGGCAGAGAGAUUUCAGACAAGAUGUGAAGAACGGAGAACAAGUGCCCUGUUGGUUCAUUCACAAUAACGGCACCGGACUGCUUGAUGGAGUUCACUCAGACUAUAUCGUCUCUGGCCUCUUCAAGACAAUCUAACAAUGAGCCUCUAAACCAGACAAAACGAUGAUUAACAACCGUUACCAAACAGAUGAUUUAAGAGCUCAAAAAUGUCAUCAUCAAAAUUAUCAGGCCAUCAGCCUUUAAAUGUAACGUUAACAGAUAAUUUGUACUUGAAACUAGUGUUUCAAAAUAUUGAUUUUUUCAAUAUAUAUCUGUAACGAAAUACUCAUAAAUACUCAUUUUUGAUACACUAAUACUGCCAGGUGAGCUUUCUCACUCUUUCUUCUCUCGGACAGCAAGUUGAUACACACUGCAGUGUGUGUAUUUUAAAGGACAAGUUUGCCAAUUUUCAAUCAGCUUUGUAGCAAAAUCCAUGCUGUGAGUUUAACAAGAGUUUGGGAUAUUUCACUUUUCUAUUUUCACUUUGGCAUUAUUUCCAAUAUUUUGUGUUGAUUUGUAUUGUAUCAAAGUUAGAAAUUCCAGUAUCAUGACAACACUGAAAUAUGUGUAAAUUAGAAAAUAAAAGAUUGAAAUGUGAAA